AUGCUGCGGCUCGUGGUCAAGAACAGCCUGCCGCUGUACCUGCAGAACCGCGAGCACAGUCUCCUGCGCGUCGCCGUGGGCUGUUUCCGCGAGAUGCUGCUCACGCUCGUCGACAUGCACCGGCUGCGGCCCGAGGACCACGCGCGGCUCUCGCCAGAGCAGCACGACGAGCUGGCCACGUACGUGGCCGCGGCCGAGCAGCUGCUGCGGCUGACGUUUUCCGCCGAAGACGACAUCGAGGUGCUUUUCCACGUCGUCCACGACGCUCACAAGGUGUCGCUUGCACAUGCGCUCGACAUGGUCGAGUACACCCACGUGCUGUUGAAGGUGCUGCAGUACCUCGCGGACCUGCCCACGCCGCUCGCGAUGGGCAGGAGGCGCCGCGGGCCCGCGCCGCAGCAGCACGGCUCCGACUCCGACAGCAUGGACGACGCGCGGCUGAAACGGUAUCUGCAGUUCGACCGCGCGCGCUACGAGGUGUACGAGCGCAAGCUGCUGCACGAGCGCGUGGUGGGCUGCUUCGUGUCUGUCUUUGCCAAGUUUGCCGAGCUGAGCGAGCCGCAGGUGCGCAGAUGCAUCUCGUACUUCAACCGGAUCAUGCUGAGAAAAGACGAGCACUUCUUCAAGCUGCUACGGCUCGACUUCAUGCUCGCGUUGCACGACAUCAAGGACGCCGUGUUCGGCCCCGCCGUGAUGCGCGACCUCGGCCGUCUGCUCGGCUACUACAUGCACACGCUCGAGAAAAAAUGGGCCCAGACCGACGCCGUGCUGCUCGACCUGCUCACGCUCGGCCAGGACCACGACCGCGGCGUGCGCGCGUUCCUGGACACGGGCGACCUCGACGAGUGGCGUGCGCGCGAGCACGCGCAGAGCGGCGCCGACGUGGCGUUUGCCACGCCGGGCCUGUCGUACUCGCACAAGGUGAGCGUGCUGGCCAGCGCGCUCGUGUACCGCGACCAGGGCGGCCUGCUCGAGACGCUGACGGCGCUGCUGCGGGCGCGCGGCGACGACGAGCUCGUGCUGGACGACCGCGCCGCGCUGCGCAGCGGCGUGUUCCGGCUGCUGCUCGCGACAGCGGGCUUCCGCGUCGCCGCUGGCCGCGCGGUGCUGCCGCGCGACGCCGACGCGGGUCACGUGACCGCGACGCUGGAGCUGCUGGAGCAGGCGCGCGAGCAGCCGCUGGAGAGCGACGAGGUGGAGGCCGAGCUGGUGGAGGCGGCGCAGGAGACGCAACCGGAGCCCGACGGCGGCGCAGCACGGUUCGACGACCUCGGCUCGGACAACGACCUGGAGACGCUGAGCCGAGUCUCUGAGAGCGUGGACCGGCUGGAUGCGUUGGAGGCGGCGCUGGAGAAGAAGACUGGCAAGCGACGGCGCGACCCCGACGCGGACGAGCCGCGAUUUGCGGCCUCCGCACGCAAGCGCAAGGCCCGUGCUACGAGGACGAAGCGGCGCAAGAGCGCGCCGAAGCACGACGAGCCGAAGCAGCAUCUGUCGUCGAAGUACGUCGACUCGGACGACGACGCGUCGGACGCAGAGAAAGAGGCCGAGUUCUUCCGCCGGGAAGAGCAGCUGCAGGCGCUGAUCCAGGCGAACGGCGGCGUGAUCAGUCCGGAGCAGUUCCAGCGGCUACUGGGCGGCGGCGGACAGCAGAGACGGAUGGUGGACCUCAGCGAAAGCGAGGAGAGCGUGCUCAGCGGAAGCGAAGGCGCGGAUAGCUCGCAGGCGUCGAUUGUGCGCGCCCGCCGCGGCCGCGCCGUGAUCGACGAGGAUGAGUAA